ACGGUCUUAUUCAUAAUCAUUUUUCACAUUUUAUCAAAUGCUUAUUAGAGGUUUAUAAAACGUUUGAUAAAAAUUGUUAUUCAUAAUCGUCAUUUAGCGCUAAAAUCCUCUUAUAACUGUGUGAUAAGUUAUCGAGAGCUCGGGCCUUGUUUAAAGCUCUAAUAAACCUAUUUUAACCUAACUUUUAUAAAUGUCAUUUCAUAUGAAUGUCACUUCGUUGGUUUAUUUAUUCAAAAUAUCCUUGCUGUGAUCCUUGCUUGUGAAAAUGAAUGCUAUAAAUGCAAUUGUGCAUUUAGCCAAUAAUGCCGACCCAGCGCGACGUAGAAAGCUCUACCGCCAACGAAGCAACCCAUUCGAUUUGCGGGACCUAAAUUUUAAAAUAAAAUAUAGGUUCAAUAAGGACACAGUGCGCACCAUCAUAGAUUUGGUGGAAGAUGAUCUGGUUCAGAGCGCUAGAGGUGGUGGCACGUGUCCUGAACUGCAAGUUUUAGUGGCCAUAAGAUGUUGGGGACGUCGUGAGGUACAAGAUGAUGCUGGUGACCUCCAUGGCCUAAGUCAGCCGACAGUGAGCCGGAUAUGCGCCAGAGUCGCGCAUGCAAUCGCGAAUAAGGCAAAUUCCUUCAUCAAAAUGCCUAUCACUAUAGGAGAGCAGGAAAGAAUUAGUGCCAAAUUUAGAGCAAUUAAAAAUUUUCCUGGGGUGAUAGGAGCCAUAGAUUGCACCCACAUUAAAAUUAAAAAAACCGGAGGUGACAUGGCCCAGUACUAUAUUAAUAGAAAAGGCUAUUAUUCCCUGAAUGUUCAGGUUGUCUGUGAUGCUGACCUCAAAAUAAUGGAUAUAGUGGCUAGAUGGCGAGGCAGUACACAUGACAGUCGAAUUUUUAUGGAGAGCAAUAUAAAACAACGAUUUGAGGAUAGGCAGUUUAGAGGACGCCUUAUUGGCGAUUCGGGCUACCCUCUUCUGCCAUAUCUAUUUACACCUAUUUUAAGGCCUAGUCGUCCAGAAGAAGAAGCAUACAAUAAUGCUCACAUCUCAACUAGGAACACUGUUGAAAGGUGUUUUGGGGUGUGGAAGCAGCGGUUCCAAUGCCUACUCCAUGGCUUACCAGUAAGCCUCCAAAAUGGAAAAGCUGUGAUCAUAGCAUUGGCUGUAUUACAUAAUAUAGCCAUUGAUAUGAAUGACACAUUGUUAGAACAACAUAUGGAGCAGGUCCCUGUAACUCCGCAACUUUCGACGGAGAACAGUGUUCACGACAACCGACCUUCAUUGUUGAGGCGUAGGUCGCAGUUGAUACUACAAAAUUUUAUAAAUCAACAUUUUUGAAUGAUACUGUUCCUGGCAUCUUAAUGAAAAUAAAAAG